AUGAAGCAUCUUUUGAUUGACCAAUCAGGACAUAAGGAGCAAAAACUUCUUUGUCCUGAUUGGUCAAUAGAUUUGUCGCGUUACUUACACUUUCCACAUUCGGGUAAUGUAGAUAACAUCAAACGGAACGAUAUACGUAUGCCCCUCGCUAUAUUCUUUUUUCUAUGGCAAUCGCAUAUAAGCGAAAAAAGCACGUUAAUUAGGCAGAAUGAUGGAUCUUCCGAAGAACUUAUUCGUCGCACGGGAAAAGAAUUUUAUUAAACACAAUAUCCUUCGCGUAAAACGUUCCUAUCCUGCAGAACCCAAACAACGAUUCGUCGAUACUCGUUAUGGCAACACGCAUGAUUUAAAAAGCAGCGGAUUGCUUCCAAUUUAUGUGCACAAAAAAAAUUAUGGAAAAGUACCGAAAUUUGUUGCGGUGAAAGCCGAUGUAAGCGUAGAAACUGAAACUAUCAAACAACGUGAUUUUGAUGAAAAUAAGAUGUCAAAAAUAUCUUCAUGUCGAUACAUUGAUAAAGAGGAACGGAAAGUAUUAUUAGACGGUAUGAAGAAAAAAUGGGAGGAAAUGAUGAAACAAUUCCAAAGAUUGCCAUUUCUUUCCGACACUUUACCAAAAGCGCAAAAGAAAGCAAAGAUGGAGCGUGAAUUACAACAACUCGAAAAAGAUAUAGCAACUAUCGAGCAACAUCCUCAUAUAUACGUUUAUGACAACAACGUAUAAUGUCAAAUAUAUUAUGCAAAAUAUUAUACGCAUAUAUCUCUCUAUCCUCGUAUCAAAUUUUACAAAUAGAAUAUUUUUAGGCACAAUUUCUUAUAUGGAUUAUAUCAUGACAAUAUUAUUUUACAUUAUAGAUUAUAUUUAAUAUAAAAAAUAUAGAAAAUUGACGCAUAAUGAGUAUA